GCCAGCUCCCUAUAAAGAGACUCCAGCAGCAGACACGAUACUCACUGGUCCUCGACUGACUGCACAUCAAAACUGCUAGAACAGAGAGAAAGAAGCAGGAUCAAUAACACCCAAGGAAUCCAACCCCCGAACAACAUCUCAUCUAACAGAAAGUUUCUCCGGUCUAGCAUCUGGAUGAAAGGAAGUGCUGGGGUCAUGAAUGCCUCGUGCUUUCUCUCUGCUCUCACCUUUGUUCUCCUCAUUGGAAAGAGCAUAGCUUGGUACUACAAUGCCUCCAGUGAGCUCAUGACAUAUGAUGAAGCAAGUGCGUAUUGUCAACGGGACUACACACAUCUGGUGGCGAUUCAGAACAAGGAAGAGAUCAAUUACCUAAACUCCACUCUGAGGUAUUCACCAAGUUAUUACUGGAUUGGAAUCAGAAAAGUCAAUAAUGUAUGGAUCUGGGUGGGGACCCAGAAGCCUCUGACGGAGGAAGCUAAGAACUGGGCGCCAGGUGAACCAAACAACAAACAAAGAAACGAGGACUGUGUAGAGAUCUACAUCCAAAGACCCAAAGACUCCGGCAUGUGGAAUGACGAGAGAUGUGACAAAAAGAAACUGGCUCUGUGUUACACAGCUUCCUGUACCAACACAUCCUGCAGUGGUCACGGUGAAUGCGUUGAGACCAUCAAUAGUUAUACCUGCAAAUGUCACCCCGGCUUCCUGGGACCCAAGUGUGACCAAGUUGUGACCUGCCAAGAACAGGAAUACCCUGACCAUGGAAGCCUGAACUGCACCCACCCAUUCGGCCUCUUCAGCUAUAAUUCAUCCUGCUCCUUCAGCUGUGAAAGGGGCUAUGUGCCCAGCAGCAUGGAGACCACAGUGCGGUGUACGUCCUCUGGAGAGUGGAGUGCACCUGCUCCUGCCUGCCAUGUGGUUGAAUGUAAAGCUUUGACCCAACCUGCCCACGGAGUCAGGAAAUGUUCCUCAAAUCCUGGGAGCUACCCAUGGAAUACAACGUGCACGUUUGAUUGUGAGGAAGGGUACAGGAGAGUUGGAGCUCAGAAUCUACAGUGUACCUCAUCCGGUGUCUGGGACAACGAGAAGCCAUCGUGCAAAGCUGUGACCUGUGAUGCCAUCCCUCGGCCUCAGAAUGGCUCUGUGAGCUGCAGCAACUCAACGGCUGGAGCGCUUGCCUUUAAGUCUUCCUGUAAUUUUACCUGUGAGCACAGUUUCACAUUGCAGGGCCCAGCCCAGGUUGAAUGCAGUGCACAAGGGCAGUGGACACCACAAAUCCCAGUGUGCAAAGCUUCCCAGUGUGAAGCCUUAUCUGCACCACAGCGAGGCCACAUGAAAUGUCUUCCCAGUGCCUCUGCACCCUUCCAAAGUGGGUCCAGUUGUAAGUUCUCCUGUGACGAAGGAUUUGAAUUGAAGGGAUCAAGAAGGCUUCAGUGUGGUCCAAGAGGGGAGUGGGACAGCGAAAAGCCCACAUGUGCAGCUGUGAGAUGUGAUGCUGUCCCUUGGCCCCAGAAUGGUUUCGCGGCGUGUGCUCAUGCUAAUACUGGAGCAUUCACUUACAAGUCCUCAUGCGCCUUUCAAUGCAACGAGGGCUUUAAAUUGCAUGGAUCAGCUCAACUUGAGUGCACAUCCCAGGGGACGUGGACCCAGGAAGUUCCCUCCUGCCAAAGGGUACAGUGUUCAAGCCUUGACCUUCCAGGAAAGAUGAACAUGAGUUGCAGUGGGCCAGCAGUUUUUGGCACAGUAUGUGAAUUUACAUGUCCUGAGGGUUGGACACUCAACGGAUCUUCAAUCCUGACAUGUGGUGCCACAGGACGCUGGUCUGCGAUGCUGCCUACUUGUGAAGCCCCAGCCAACCCUCCCCGUCCCUUGGUAGUGGCACUUUCUGUGGCAGCAACCUCACUUCUGACAUUGUCCUCAUUGAUCUACGUGUUGAAGAGAUUCUUUUGGAAGAAAGCAAAGAAAUUCGUUCCUGCUAGUAGCUGCCAAAGUCUUCAAUCGUUUGAAAACUAUCAAGGGCCUUCUUACAUCAUCUAAGAUGCGAGCAAUCAGGAACACAAAUGCAUCAUGGGAAAUAGAACGAUAUACUGAAGACAGCAGGAAAUGAACUGUCUGCAGAAUCCUGGUCUCUCUUGCCUGCUUAAAAACUGGGAUCCUGACUCCAUGGAUCGAAGCUGAGCGACAAGGCCAGCCCUCUACCAGAAUGACUACGUUUGCUCCUUCCUAGUUAGUGGCAAUAUCCACCAUGUGCUGCUACAGGAGGUGGAGGCUCUCUCUUCAAAAGAGAGUGAAUAGACCAGGGGCCUGGGACAGCAGAAUUCCUCCUGACUCUUCGUCACUCUGGAAUUUGGGGACAGAAACAGCAUUUUGUUGCUUUGUUUCUUUCUCUCAUUCCCCACACAGUGUGUCAAGAGCUAGUUCCAGUAUUGUUGUCACAGGGAUAAAUAAUAUUUAUCAGCAGUUUUGAACAGACAAAUUUCUAUUUCUAUCUUGGAAAAAAAAGGCAAAUUUGCCACAUUCUCAGGUUAUGGCUAGGGGUGUCAUUAUGGUUCAAAUCCUGCUGAGUAUUACAUGGUAAGCCUUACUGGCUUUAUCCCUGUGGGAUUCGGUGGCCUCUGAAGUAUUCUUGAACAUUGUGUUCUGUGUCCUGGCAUUGAGUCCAGCAUAAUGUCCGUUAUUCUUAGUUCAGUGCAAAAAGACUUAAAAAGUCAGAAUCCUGUGGCCCAUCACAAGGCAAAGGUUAUCCUAAAUCUCUUUUUGAUUAGAAAAUCCCAGGGUUAUAUCUGCAAUAAACCUAUUUUCAAGAUGAGACAUUAAUAAUCAGUGUGAAAUUCUGAGUAUUUAAUGGUAGCUGGUUUUCAGACAUGGUACUAUCAAAAGGAUAGAAAGUAAAGAGAGUGUUUGUAUAUUUGGGGUUCCCAGCCCACCCCCAGUGUUUUUUUUUUCUGGAAGAAAAAACAUCCUUGAAGCCAAAUGUUCUGAUUUAAUAAAAGCAUAAGUCACAAAAGUACAUCUUAAAGUAUUUUUAAGAGCCUGUCAAAGCGUGAAUGUGCUUUGAUUCCUAAAAGAGUGGUUCUUAUACAUGGCAAAUAUAUUCUUGUAUAUUGUAUUCGAUUCUAAAUCCGUGGUGAGGAUUCACCCUCUAAUAGAUGGACAAAGGCAGUGGACUUUUAAAGACCAAAGGUGUCUACGAGUUAUUCUGUUCUGGUUCACAAGUUCUAGAGAAGGGGAAAGCUUGUGUGCACAAUGAUUAUGCAGAGAUUAAAAUUCCUAAACAAUUUCACCUGUAGCUGGCAGUGACAAACGCUUGGUCAAUAAGUGCCAGAACUGUUCCUGCACAAAGUGUCCCAACUUCCGAAUUAACUCGUUAAAGAAAUUUCUUGAAAGGUCCUUGCUGAUUGGGGUUGGUGGAAAAGCCAACAGUGAACAGGAAGUGAUAAGCAUUAGAAUGAAAGGGGAGAGAGGAAUAAGUGACAGCAAGAGAGAGAGAGAGAGAGAGAGAGAGAGAGAGAGAGAGAGAGAGAGAUUGAGACUGUGAGGAACCACACAAUGUAAAUGGUUGUAUAUUUUGUAUCAGAAAUUACUGUGUGAAAUAUAUAUGUAGUCUGUAUCUGAGUUCUAAUAGAAUAUUUUAAAUUAUGAUUUAAAAUAUUUUAUGGUGUAAGAGUAUGUAUUUAUUUAAAUAUAUUAAACUCAUUGUAUUCACAUGUUAGUAUGUUUUGGCAAUAAAUGUGUUUCUACUUA